AUGGGGACGAAAUCUCUCGAGUUCAAGGUGCGCAAGUUGCAGGCCAACAGCACCACCGAAAAGGACCUUGCCAAGAAACAACCAUCACGAGUCUACGUCAACGAGGAAGCUCUGCUCGAGCUGACGGGUUCCAAAGACGGAGGACGGGCCAUCACCAUUGAGAAGAUCGACAAGCAGAACUCUUCUUCUGACGACCAAGCCCUGCGACGAGAGGCGACGCUAUGGAAAUCACCAGAGAGGAUAGACAAGGCCAGCAUCCAGCUGUAUGAUGCCUUCAGAGAAGUCUGCGGCUACCAGACCGGAGUGCAGGUCAAGGUCACGGUCCAGGAAGGGAAGCUUCCCGAAGCCGAAGAGGUCGUCCUUGAACAGAUACCUCCCGAGAAGGCUGGAAAGGAUGCAGCAGAGAGUGCCGGACCUAUUGACCUGUCCGAAAUACCCGGCUGGGAGUUCUUCCUUGCCGGAAGGCUUUCUAUGAUCGAGCACGUCCACGCCGGUUUGACGUUCAAGAACCUCUACGCUAGGGGUCCGCAGAGGUCGUUUGCGGUGGCUUCGGUGAACGGGCGACCAACCGGCAACGCGCGCUAUUUGGAUGGCAAGACGAAAGUCAGGAUAGGGGCGCCUUCGCCCGCUGGCCAGGUGGACGGCGUGCCCCAGGGAAAGCUGGAGGUGACGAGUGUUCGUGGACUGGACACUCAGAUUGAGAAACUCAACGACCUGCUGUCUCAGUUCACCGAGCCUUGGGUUUUCAAGGGCAAGCCUAGAUACCGCGGUAUCGUCAUCCACGGUGGUCACGGCACGGGAAAGAGCAUGCUCCUAAACACCAUUGCGGCCACGAUUUGGGGCACAGUCUACCGCAUCCAGCCCAAGGACAAGCUGGCCGAUAUCCAGGACAUGUUCCAGAAAGCCAGGCUUGAACAGCCCAGUAUCGUCUUGAUCGACCAACUGGAGAGGCUCAUCGACAAGGAGAGGAACAACCGCACAUCCGUGAUCCAAGCUCUCUGUGAGGCACUGGAUACCUUGGGCGCCGAUGCCCAGGAAACCGGCGAAAUUCCCAAGGUAGCCGUCAUCGUCACUUGCUUGGAUUACACAACCGACGUGCCCGAGGAUCUCAAAGAUCCCGGUAGACUCACGGGUGAGAUCUACCUACCGCUGCCCGACGUCGACGGCCGCAAGGAGAUUCUCGCCUCUUUCAACCUGCGGGUAGCGCCCGAGGAGGAAGAAUCUCUUCUCCGCAGUCUCAGCGAACGCACACAUGCCUACAACGGCAAGGACCUCCGUCGUCUCGUAGACGAAGCCGAGUUCAUAGCAAGGACACGGAUCAACAGGACCAAGAGGGAAACAACCAUAACACCACCACCAACCGACGACUCGGUUAACCAUGAUGAUCAAUCAGCGGCAACAGAUGAUGUGGCAUCUCUCAUGAACUCCCUACAACUCUCCGACGCCUCCACCUCCAUCACCACCCCCAUUCCCACCCCAACCACAGAAUACUUCCUUCCAGCAGACUACGAAGAAGCCCUCCGCCUCGUCCGCCCCUCGGCAAUGCACGACGUCAACCUCAAGCCCCCUCCAAUCCACUGGUCCGACAUCGGCGGGCAAGCCUCCGUCAAGACCUCCCUGCGCCGCGCCGUGCGCAUGUCGACGGAACCCUCGCACGUGUUAUCCCGCUUCUUCGCCCGCCCACCCAAGGGAUUCCUGCUGUACGGUCCACCGGGUUGCUCCAAGACCAUGGCUGCGCAAGCGAUGGCCACCGAGUCUGGCCUGAACUUUUUUGCGGUAAAGGGCGCGGAGCUGCUAAAUAUGUAUGUCGGCGAGAGCGAAAGGGCGGUGCGAAGACUGUUUCAGCGGGCGAGGGAGGUGGCGCCUAGUAUGAUUUUCUUUGAUGAGAUUGAUAGUAUUGCGGGACAGAGGGCUGGGUUUGGACAUGGUGGAGGGUCUUCGACUUCUGGCGGUAGUUCAAGUGGUCUGAAUGUUCUGACGACCCUGCUGAACGAAAUGGACGGUUUCGAGGCAUUAACCGGCGUGGUAGUCCUUGCCGCGACCAACAGGCCGCAGGCGCUGGAUCCGGCUUUGUUGCGCCCGGGACGCUUUGACGAGCUGAUCUACGUUAGUCCGCCGGAUGAGGAGGCGAGGGCGGCCAUUUUCAGGAAGGAGGCGGAGAAGAGACAGAUGUUGAUUGGCGAGGAGGAGAUUGCGCGGUUGGCGACUAUCACGGAUGGGUUCUCGGGCGCGGAGAUUAAGGGUAUUUGCGCGGUGGCGGGUACAAGGGCAUAUGAUCGCUAUCUUAAGCUGGAUGAUUGGGUUGAUGAUGAAGGAGAGGAGGAGGAUAAGGAUAAGGAUACGCCACCGGUGGGCAUCACGAUGGAGGAUCUGGAGAUGGCGGCCAAGGGAAUGAUGAGGCAGAUUACGUCGGAGAUGAUUAGGGGUUUUGAGCAGUGGGAGAAGCAGUUUAGGAGGUAUUAG